GCUGGCGUCGCGUAUGCAUGCUGCUGCACCCUCCCACCCCAACCCCGCAACCCGUCCGUCGCAGUCGCCGUUACCAGCGAGACCCUCGUACGCCGAGUUCUGGACCGUAUAAAGCAGCGGGUCCCGGCACAGAGAGACCCACAGCCAGACCUCUCUCCCGCCGGUUCACUCUUCCACCCCCUCGCCGCCACCAUGACCCAAGAACGGGAGCCGCUCCUGAAGCAGAACGGGGCCGCCGGCAAUGCCGCCGCCGGGGCGAAGGGCUCGCCGGCCGUGCUGCCGUCCCUGGCCAGGUCCGUGCUCAAGUUCCUCAUGUGGGCGGUGUUCCUCACCUGGGCCGCGGGAAUCUUCUUCUACCCCACCGCGCCCGUGCAGACGGCGUUCCGCAAGUGGGCGGACAUCACCAGCACGGAGGGCCUGAUCGCCGGCCUCACCGGGACCGUUUUUCUUUUCUUCAGCGGGCCCAUUCUGCUAAUUGCAGCUCUGGCAUAUGUCUACAUCUUCGCCUUCCCGGGUGAUCACGUCCAAAAGAAGAAGCUGAGGUCACUGAGUUUCCGUCUCUGGACUUUUCCGGUUCUUGUUGAUGGUCCCCUCGGUGUUGUCUCCGCUGUUGAGUUUAUCGGGAUCGUCUUGUUCGUCGUCUAUAUUGUCUUCUCGAUGACCUAUUAUGUUGUAGACAGUGUGAGCUUCAUCUCCAAAGCGCACUUGCCCCCAACUACUCGCAGUGAGUUGUUAUUGGCUCUCAUAGGCCUCCGUUUCGGAUCAGUUGGCUUGUUUUGCAUGAUCUUCCUGUUCCUGCCUGUCUCAAGGGGUUCAGUUCUUCUCCGGCUUAUCGACAUUCCAUUUGAGCAUGCUACUAGAUACCAUGUCUGGUUGGGGCAUCUCACAAUGGCUCUUUUUACACUGCAUGGCUUGUGCUAUGUGAUCUCGUAUUCCCUCCUGGGGCGCCUAAUAGAAGAACUGACCCAAUGGAAAGAAGUCGGAAUAGCAAACUUAGCCGGCGUGAUCAGCUUGAUGGCUGGUCUACUGAUGUGGGUGACAUCGCUUCACCCGGUACGGAAGAGGUUCUUCGAGCUCUUCUUCUACACCCACCAGCUCUACGUGGUCUUCGUGGUGUUCUUGGUACUCCACGUCGGCGACUUCGUCUUCAGCAUCUCGGCCGGCGCCGUCUUCCUCUUCAUGCUCGACCGCUACCUGAGGUUCUGGCAAUCCAGGGCCAAGGUCGACAUCGUUUCUGCGGCCUGCCGACCAUGCGGAACGGUGGAGCUAGUCUUCUCAAAGCCACCAAGUCUUCGGUACAAUGCUCUCAGUUUCAUCUUUGUUCAAGUGCGUGAGCUGUCGUUCUUGCAGUGGCACCCGUUCAGUGUGUCCUCCAGCCCCAUGGAUGGGAGGUACCACAUGUCCAUCCUCAUAAAAGUUCUUGGCACAUGGACUGACACGCUGAAGCGCAUCAUCACCGAUGUCCAAGAGCAGAAGAGCAGGAGCGACUCUGAAUCUGAUCAGUCGCAAACUGGUCGUAUUACCGCCUCGAUCGAAGGGCCGUAUGGGCACGAAUCACCCUACCACCUGAUGUAUGAGAAUCUCAUCCUGGUGGCAGGAGGCAUUGGCAUUUCGCCAUUCUUGGCGAUUUUAAGCGACAUAAUCCACAGGGUCGAGCAAGGUAUGCCGUGCGCACCCAGGAAUGUACUGGUUCUAUGGUCAGUUAAGAAGACCUCGGAGCUAUCUCUCCUGUUGGCCGUCGAUGCUCAGUCCAUCAGCUCAUCCGUCUGUGACAAGUUGCAUCUGGACAUCCAAGCCUUUGUGACGCAGGAAACCGAUCCUCCAUUGGAAGAUGGCAUUGUUGGGGAUGACCAGAAGGCCCCUGGCAUAUUCGUCAAGAACGGGGCGGCCAUGUCCGGGCUGGUGGGCACCGGGGACAACUUCUGGGCGGCCAUGUACUUCGCGGUGUCCACCCUGGGCUCCGUCCUGGCGUUCGUGCUGGUGCAGCUGUACUACGUGAAGCGCUUCAACGUGUACGCCUGGUGGCACCUGGGCCUCCUGCUCCUGCUGUGCAUGGCAGCCGGCAUCGUGCUCCCCGGCGGCCUCGUCGUCCUCCUCUGGCACCUCUCGGAGAAGCGGAGGAUGCAGGACGACAGGUGGGACGUCGACGCCCGUGCCACGGCGGACGCCGAACAGACAACGAACGCUGCUGGUGGAGCCGACGCCUCCGCGGCCAGCCUCGCCGCCCUGCGGACGACGCGGUACGGGUGCCGGCCAAAGUUCCAUGCGGAAUUCGCGGCGUUCGCGGAGCGGGGCGGGGGCGCGGCGGUCGAUAUCGGCGUGCUGGUGUGCGGGCCGUCGGGGCUGCAGGCCAGCGUGGCCAGGGAGUGCAGGUCGCAGAACCUUCGCCGCGGCGGCGCCGUCUUCCAUUUCAACAGCCACAGCUUCGACCUCUAGGCGAUUUAGCCGAGCCUAUACCUAUAGCUACUGAUGACGAGUGCGUACUGAUAGUGCGCACCAGUUCUCUGCACAAAUGUAAUUAUGCUACUGAGUAAAUACUCCCUCUGUUAAAGAAACAUAAGAGCGUUUAGAUCACUACUUUAGUGAUCUAAAUGCUCUUACGUUUCUCUAGAGAUGGAGUAGCUGGUAAAUAGUGUCCGUACAGCCCAUAGUUUCUACAGAUGAGAGGAGUACUCUCAAUCUCAGGCAUGUCGCCGGUGAAGUCGCGCCCCGUCGCGGGCUCUGGUGGCUCCCUGUGUGUAUAUAUAUGCCAUGAAUGAUCGUACAUGUAAGCAGAAAGGCGAAGGUAAACUAUUGAUCUUGGCCUCUUGC